UUCUGAUUGAAGAAGAAGAUGGCGACGAGUACAAGAGAAGCUCGAAGGAGAAGGAUUGUUGAUAGAGGAGAAGAUCGUCUUGCUCUUAUUACAGGUCGAAUCAAAACCCUAGAUUCAUCACCAUUACCACCUCUAUCACCGUCACCAUCAGAACCGCAACCAAAUCCAGUACUAGAAUUAAAACCACAACUACAAUCAGAACAUACUCGGACAAUCUCAUCUCCACCAGUUUUAUCUCGUCGAGAUAAUAUUCAAUCCCGCUCUGGUCCAAUUAUAGUUGAUUCCAGUGAUGGUGUUAAUGACAAUGGGAUCCGCAGUAUUCCUAACCCAAAACCAUCAAUUGUCAAUGAAACUUCAAGCAACGCUUCCACUCGUUAUGGAGAUCAAGUGGAACAUCAGUUACAUACUAGUGAGGGUAAUGUUGAAGAAAUAAGAUCACCUGCUUUGGGAAUUGGCAAUGAAAAGCAACCAAAACUGGAACAUCAGUUACAUACUAGUGAGGGUAAUGUUGAAGAAAUAAGAUCACCUGCAUCGGGAAUUAGCAAUGAAAAGAAACCAAAACUGGUAGCAUCAACAGUUGUAGAAGAUUCAUCUCAGAGUACACCUUCUGAUACAACACCACUUUCACAUGCAGCACCACGGUCACAUCAUCCUACACUGUUCACUCCUAAGCGAAUUAGUUCUGCCAUUGCUGCUUCGGAGAACUUCCGUGUUAUUUGCUCCGUCACCAUAGCACUUCUGGUGAUUCUAUCCCAUCUAAAUUUACCUAUACUAAGCGGCAGUGAAGUUGUAAAAAACUUUAUGAUGUCAAUGCCUCUUUAUCUGGUCCUGUUGGCGGAUUUCACUAUUGUGGUUGCACUAUUACUGUUAGCGAAACGAGGAAGUCCUAUGAAAGCUGUGGAAGAGGCAAAUAGUAGGGCAAUGAAUGUGGGGGAAGCACUGGAGACUGGAAUAGUGAUGUACAAGGCUUUUAGGGCAGUUUUCAUGGACUGCAGUGUCUAUGCAGUAGUUCUUAUAUCCGGACUUUCUCUGUUGCAAACAUUUCGGUCUUAGUUGUUUGUUCUACAUCAUCGCUCAGAGUGAGUUUUUUCCAAUAUUAGUCAGUUACACUUACACCCAGAGUUUACAUGUUUUUUCUCUUUUUGUGUUUAAUGCAGUUUACACGUUUUCUUCUUAUCCAAGAGUCUAACACAGAGCCGUCUUAUAGACCAGGCCUGCUAGGCUAUUAUAUUGUUAGGGCCCAAGAUUUUAACAUUUUAAUUUUUCUUUCAGCUUGAUUCUUUUAGCGCUCUUACAUAGUGGUUGAUGGUCAUACUAUCUAGUUAUUGAAUGCUGUUUGGUUUGAUUUGUAAGUUACCACCUGCUGCUUUCCAAUUGCGUUUAGCUAUCUACUUUUGUACACUUCUUCCUAAGAAUAUUAGAAUUUAAUGUUAUUAAGCAAUUUUCUU